CGAAGGCGCGGUUCUUCGAGACGAAACGGAUCACAAAUCAGUUUCAUCAUAUCGCGAAAGAUGGCUCCAUCAUUAGACAAAGAACGAUCUUGUCAUUAUUCGCAGUCCCUUUGCCUUCUGUCUUCUCUGCUUCCUUUAGUUAUUAGGUCCAUUAUUAUUGACCAUGAUUUCUCGAUCCUUGAAUCUCUUGCUCGCGGCUGCAUUCUUUGGUGCAGCCUCUGCAGAAUCGCCAAGGCGACUGCUCUCGUCCAAUGAUGCCGGUAUGCUAUUGGCCCGAGGUCUCGGGCAACGACGACUUCAAUAUCAGGAUCUUCCUGAUAUCUGCCAGAGUUUUGAGCUUCUAAUUGACGAGAUUCCCAAUGGAAGAGACAGCUGUGACUGCGACGGAACAUCAGUCAACUGUUUGUUCAAGGCUGUCUGCCCGGAAGGCCAGGAAGAUGAUCCUCACUGUGCCGAUACCGUCAUGUACAGGGUAGCCUUUGAAGAUGAAGAAGUCUCCGUUACGUCCUGUGCGGCCAUUUCGGAAGGAGGCUUCGAAGAGACAUGUGCCAGAGUAUCUCUCGCCCCAGACCUUCAGUUGGACAAGUGCGAGGAAGGAACUUAUGGAGGAAGACCCUGUGACUGCGAAGUCUGCGAUAACAGGGCAAGUCUUUUGUUGGAUUGCAGCGUCUAUGACGCACGAGCCAAGACUAGCUGUGCGCCAAUUGGAUUGGGAGAGAUCAAGCCACUGGCUCAUGGGUUCAACACCACAGCUCCUCCUCCCGAAGAGAUGGAGUCUUUGGACGGACCAGAUGACAUUGAUGAAAUUGAAGAGGGAGCAAGCAGUGCCUUGCAGAACACUGUCGCAUUAGCAAUUGUAUCAGUUGUCGCCACUGUGGCUACUCUCUUCUAAGCAGAGUCGAGUCUUGUGUGAGCGAUUGAUUGUACAGGCCCCACCAGCGCAGUGUCGAGAAGGCAGGAGCGAUACAGCAUACAGCGCGGUUUCAAGUUUUGGAAAGCAUGCAAUCCAUCGCAAGUUGGGAAUCACACGAUAACAGCUCAUUCUUUCAUACACUUUCAUCUCAUAAAAUAAAAACACCAUUCAAAAUUGCGCU